AAAAGUCACAUUGAAGGGUCUACAGCUCAAUUUAUCAGCUUUCUCAGGUUUACUCAACUUUGAGAAAGCAUCAGCUGCUAAUACGUUUGAAAGAAGAUCGUGUCCUAAGACAGGUGUUAAUAUGAUGUCUGCAAAAGACAUGGUUAAGGUAAUGAUUGUCAUGUUUGCCAUCUGUUUUCUUGCAAGAUCAGAUGGGAAGUCUGUUAAGAAGAGAGCUGUGAGUGAAAUACAGUAUAUGCAUAACCUGGGCAAACAUCUGCGCUCCAUGGAAAGAGUGGAAUGGCUGUGGAAAAAGCUACAGGAUGUGCACAACUUUGUUUCCCUUGAAACUUCUGUACCUUACAGAAAUGGUAGUUCCCUGAGACCUCGAAAAAAGGAAGACAAUGUCCUGGUUGAGAGCCAUCAAAAAAGUCUUGGAGAAGCAGACAAAGCUGAUGUGGAUGUAUUAAUUAAAGCUAAACUCCAGUGAAAACAGAUAUGAUCAGAUCACUGUUCUAGACAGCAUAGGGCAACAAUAUUACAUGCUGAUAAUGUGUUCACCUGCUAUUAAGAUUAAGUGCCAAUAUUUCUAUGACCAACCUUUAUUGCUAGCUGUGAUACCUACAAUUUUAAUUGAGUAUUUUGAUUCUACUUUAUUCAUCUAAGAGCUCUUUUAAUAAUUCUAUUUCUAUUGAUUCCAAAUAAAUGAAGUUAAGUAUU